UUGAAGCACAGUAAAAUUCGCUUGCAUUUGUUUUCUUUCAACUGCUUGAAAAAAGACCUAUUUCAUGGCAGGAAUGAUGUACUGAAGAAAACUCCCUUGACAAUUGAGGUAUUAGUGUAUGGACUCAUGUGUCACAUACAGAAAAUUAUGUCUACUAUAUUGACUGGAAUAUUCUCUUAUAACCCAUUGUUCAAUCUGCCCCUUUGUCGAAGUGAUUACCAUGGCUUUACGAUAGCAGAUGUGCUAGGUACACGACUCAAAUUUGUCGUAGUUCGCGAUCCUAUCGACAGAUUUCUUAGCGGAUUCCUCGACAAGUGUUUGAGGAGCCCACCAGCACUUUGCUUUGGAUGUAGAACAAUUGGCUGUUUCAUUAUGGCAAUGCACUCUAGAUUAUGGGGCGCGUAUAAAUCAAGCAGACCUACGCACCACAUCAUGGAAAAUCACCUUGCUCCACACAGGUACUGCGACUUCAAGGACCAUCUUCAGUCGUUUAUCGUCAUCAAGUAUAAAAACGGGCAGAAUGGAAGCCUUGAAUUAGCAAACAUACUGGACGACAUUUUCAAAUCGGCUAUGGUUCCCAAAUUACUGCGCGACACAAUACGUCGAGAAAUUCUGAGUGAGCAAUUUUUCGAUUUUGACAUGAUGAAGCUUACUUGCUCAUUAGAUUUCAAGUUACAUGGAAUGUUGCAGUUGGUAAAGUGCGACAUUCUACAUUCUUCACAAAAAGGAGACGAGAAGUCGAAGAAGAAGUGUUUAGAAAUCAAACCUUGCUCAAUAUAUUGCUAG